UUUUUUUUUUGCUUGCGUGUGUUGUUACGUGUGUCGCUAAGUGUGCUUCGUGAACGGUCAACUUAUCAAACAUCGAUGCUUUGUUGAUUUUUGUUUUUCUGUUUUUCUUUGGUUUUUCCUUCUCUCUUUGGCCAUCUUUGCACUCAGCUUUUGUCCGUUUGCUCCGUCAGUUGUUGAGACAUUUGACACCCUCCAGGCUUGCUGUUCUUCACAAUGAGGGCCAUGACAAGCUCCGAAAAGGAAAGUCGCUCAGAGAGCGAGAAGGCAAAGUCGUCGUCGCAGGAAUCGAUCGACAAAUUUGCCCAUCUCAACGGGUUCGACACGAAGUCACCAUACGAUGAUUCGGGCAACUUCCCACAUAUACAUUACAAGACGAAGAUCCAUCCCUUGAGGUUCAGGGUAAGACAAGCGCUGCUGCCCUUAAUUAGAGCAGAGACUCCAAUUCUCUCACAGAUUCAACGGAGGCUGAGGAGUCCCCUGUUGGAUUAUUACUUUGCAUGGACAGCAAACUUAGCCGCACAUACCUUCUACGUGUUGAUGUUACCUCUUCCCUGCUGGUUUGGCUACGGCGGCACAACUCGUGACUUGGUGUUCUUGCUAGGCUACGGUAUCUAUGUGAGCGGGUAUAUCAAGGACUUUUGCUGUCUGCCACGCCCAAGAUCACCGCCUCUGCACAGAAUCACAAUGUCUGGCUAUACUGCGAAGGAGUACGGCUUCCCUUCGUCGCACUCUGCCAAUGCCACUGCUGUGUCAGUGUACCUCAUGUUUGAGAUCUGGAAACACAGGGACUCAUUUGGCAGUACAACCUCGCUCGUCUUAGCAUCUUUGGCCUUGUUGAUAUACUACUUUUCUCUGAUCUUUGGAAGAGUAUAUUGUGGAAUGCACGGUUUGGCUGAUAUCAUUGUUGGUUCGUUAAUCGGUGGUAGUUUAUACUCGUUAAGAAUGUGGACUGCGGAAAGCUACGAUACGUUUAUCCUGGAGAAACCAGUCUAUGUUGUCUUGUCGGUUGUAUUGUUCAACUAUGCCCUGAUCUAUUUCCACAUAUCCCCAGUGGAUGACUGUCCCUGUUAUGACGAUUCUGUGGCGUUUAUAGGGGUCAUCAUGGGAUUUGAGCUCUCAAACUGGAUCUUUGUGAGAACUGAUCUUCGGUCAGAUUUGAUGAAUCCAUUAGAUAUCAGCAUGCCCUAUUCAUUCGAACAAUCCGGAGUACUGAAAUCUCUUAUCCGUGUCGUUAUAGGCAUACUGCUCGUAGCUAUCUGGAAGGAGAUUUCCAAGCCACUGCUACUGAAACUGUUCCAGCCGGUGUACAAUCUGCUGAAUCGUAAGCCUGAUGCACCGACGUUCAACAGAAUCAGAUCUGCAACCAUGGAUAAACACGAAACAGACGUGACUGGAUUUGUCAAAGAGAUGAGCUCACGUAAGACAAGGGAUAUCGUCGGUCCACAAUCCACCAUCGACUUGACAGAGUUUGAAGACUUAAAGGAACAUAAGGAAUACUUUGAAGCACUGGAUAAACUACAACAGGACAAUGUUGUCUUCACCUGCGGAGUCUUCAAGAAUCGUUACGACAUUACAAUCAUUGUACGUCUCAUUGUGUACGCUGGGAUUCCAUUCACUGCGAUGGUCGUAUUCCCAAUCGUGGUGCGCUCAAUAGGACUAUGACCAUAUCAUGUUCCUCCUUCUCUGCUGUUGCGUAUAAUCUGGGCGACAGGAAGGGAAAUGGAUACGAAUACAUUCAAAACUAAUUACUUUU